AUGGAAGACAAUGGUGGUAGUGGUUUUGGUAGAGGAAGAAAUACUAAUAGAAGUCUUGGAAAAGGUAGGGGAAGAGGGAGAGGUAAAAGGAAUAGUACUAUGACAACACCCCCUUCUACUCGAGAAUCCACACUACCUUCCACUACCCAUGUAGCGCCUCGCCAUUGUCAACCCACCGCAGAUUCCACAUCUAGUCAUGAUCCACUUGUUGGGCAAUCCACACCACCUUCCACUACCCAUUCAACGGCUAAUCAUUCUGUUGUUCCAUCUGAGGAUAUUGGUACUCUUAGAGCUGAUGGAAGAAUGUUGAUUCGUCCAGCUCCAUCAAACGAGUUUGAACCGUCCAGUAUGGUCCGCGAUAUUAUGACGAUUAUAAAAAGUAAGUUUGUAGGGUCUUGGCUAAGUUAUGCAAAAGCAAAUAAGCAUGAUAAAGACUUGACUGACAUGUGGUUUAAUGAAUUUAAGAGGCAGUAUAGAUGGCUACCUGAGCAUGACAUCCAAAUCCGGAAGUCUUUUGACCACAAAGCAUCUACUGGGCUAGCAGACACACUGUAUAGGGUGCGUACUAAGAAAGAUAGUGGAACCUGGAUUCCCGAACAAAACCGUAAGGAGAUGGAACAAAAAUGGAAGGAAGACGACUGGAAGAGAAAUGCAGCAAACAAUGCUAAUAAUAGAAAUUCAUCUAGUGGUCCCCUACAUACAGGAGGAUCGAUUCCUUCAUCUGAGCACUUUAGGAGAUUAAUUGUUAUCUUCCGUAUUGAAUAUGGAAAGGGAUGA